AUGGUUGAGCAAUUGGAAAUGGAAACUGGAAGAAUUUCCAGAUUAGUUAAAAAUAAAAUAACUUGGAUUGUCGUCGUCAGCAUCAUCGCUGCAUUUACAUUGGGGUACUUUUUAGGCAGAAACUGUGAGGACCGAAAUGAGCCACCAAGAUAUUAUCCACCACCAAUGCCACAAUAUCCAGGAGCUCGAACAUAA